AUGACAUACAACCAUUAUUUCACAGACAAAUGGCAAAAUAUCAAGCAACAACGGUUACAUACCAUCGUCAAGGACUCAGCCAACGCAGCAACGGUAACUGUUCGUGAGAAGGGCUAUGGCAAUAGGGAAUAUAUUAGCUCCGAGAUGUUCCACAGGAAGAUCGACAACCAUCUCGAGCAAAACAUGGACAAGUACUCUGCUCAACAAGCUCUCGAUGUUCUCGAUGCCUAUUACAGCGAAUAUGCUCCCCAUUCCUGGACCUCGGGAUAUGGAGCCUUCAUCUUGUUUCAAAAUACACCGGCUAACCUCACUUUGCAGUCAGAGCGGAAAUACUUCACCGAUGUCGUGGUAAAGCAGGUCAUUGAGCGUCAUCUUGUGGCCUCGUUGUCCGAAGUCUUCUCGCCGAUAGUUCUGACUCGUUACAAUGACCAAGAGAUUCACUUCUUGGCCUUUGAACAGCCAGAGAUGAUCCAGACGCGGGAGAAUCUACAGAGCAAUGACAAGACGCUGCAGGAGAGUCAAAAGCCAUUUCGCAUUGCCUUGGGUCAUAGUAUGUGA